AUGGCCGACAGCGCUGAUACUGCUCCCGCCGUCAAUGGCGGCUCUGGCGUCGACUCUCUCAAGACCAGUAAGGUUGCUUUUGACACGGUUGCCAACGGCCCCGUUGCCCAGAACGUCAAGGACCAACACCAGAAGACCGCCAACGAGUUCUCCAACCUCGCUGCUGCCCGUCAGACUCCUGCCAACCCUGCUGCCACCGGCCAGCCCUUGACCCAUUACCACUCCUUCUUCUCGGAGCUGCUGUCAUGGAACAACCCUCGUGCCUCCGCCAUCGCGUAUGCUGCCAUUGUCAGCUUCAUCUUCGCAGUUCGAUAUCUUGACGUUCUCCGAUGGGGCUUCAAGCUCACCUGGAUGGUUCUGGGCGUCACCAUCGCCGCCGAGCUCGCCGGUAAGACCGUCAUGAACACCGGCAUCGCGAGCCAGCUCCGCCCCCGCAAGUACUACACCAUCCCGCGUGAGACUCUGGAUGCCGCUAUUGGCGAUGUCCACGAGCUUAUCAACUUCGCGGUCAUCGAGUCUCAGCGCAUUCUGUUCGCCGAGAACAUCUGGGCCUCCGUCUCUGUCUGUGUCAGCGCCUUCCUUGCCUACUGGCUCGUCAAGAUCGUCCCAUACUGGGGUCUUGCUCUGAUUGCUGCCACCACCCUCUUCACUGUGCCUCUGAUCUACACCUCUAACCAGGAGCUCAUCGACCAGCAACUGAGGCAGGCGUCCGACAUCUUUGAUGCCCAGACCCACCAGCUCCGCGAGGUCGCUGGCAAGCACACUGCCCAUGCCACUGAGCUGACCAAGCAGUACAUGGGUGACUACACCGCCAAGGCCCAGUCUAUGCUCCGUGGCCGAUCUGCCUCUCCCGAGGUGAGCGCGAAGCCCGCUGUUAGAGACACGGACUUCCCCGCUGCUCCGACCAACGAGUUCAAGGCUCACGAGGAGCCUGCCGUCAAGAGCGAGCAGGAGCCUCUGAUCGCCACCUAA